AUGGCCCCAAUACAGACCGAUAUCCCUCUGCAGGCUGGGCCUCAAGAUCCCGAGAAGGCUGCUCUGUUCAGCACCACCGUCGUGCCGGUUGCUACGAUCCCGCAGACCCCAGAGGAGCUGCUCGCAGAGUUGACACUGGAGGAGAAGGUGUCUCUCUUGUCCGGUGUUGAUUUCAGAACCACUCCUGGCGUUCAGCGUCUGGGAAUAUCUCCUCUUUGCACUAGCGAUGGCAUCAAUGGAGUGCGGCCAGCGGCUCACGACAGUGAUAUGACCACAGCAUGCUUUCCAAAUACCACAUGUUUAGCAUCGACAUGGGAUGCCGAGCUGCUCGGAGUCAUGGGCGAGCGGCUUGUGCCGGAAGCAUUCGCGAAAAGCUCGCAAUUUCUUCUGGGCCCUACCAUUAACAUUCACCGCGACGCUCGCGCGGGGCGAAACUUUGAAUGCUUCAGUGAGGAUCCGCUGCUUUCUGGCCAGCUUGCUGGUGCCAUUGUCAACAGUGUGCAAAAGGGUGGCGUGGGAUCAGUACCAAAGCACUUGGUUUGCAAUGAUUCCGAGUAUUUGCGUCACUUUUACAAUGUGGAACUGUCCGUGAAUGACAGGCCAAUGCGCGAGAUUUACCUUGCUGCUUGGCAACAUCUUCUGCGCACUAGCGACCCGGUGGGCCUCAUGAUGGCUUACAACAAGGUCGAUGGUGACUUCUGCUCUGAGAACAAGCCCCUGAUGGACCUUGUCCGCAAUGAGUGGGGAUACAAGGGAAUCUUCAUGUCUGAUUGGUUUGGUACUCACAACACAGUCGAACCUAUCAAGGCAGGCCUCGACCUUGAAAUGCCAUUCCCAGUUUGGAGAAGGGGCAAGCUGAUCGAGGCUGUCAAGUCUGGCCGCGUCACCCAGGAGGAAGUCGAUGCGCGUGUGCUCAAGAUGCUCGAGGUCCGUGAUAGGACGAGACCGAGCCACCGCAGCGAACCCGAGUUCUCCGAGCCCAACGAAGAGACCAUUAAGGUCAUCCGUGACCUUGCCGCUGGAGGUAUUGUGCUCUUGAAGAACGAAAACGAGACGCUCCCGGUGAAAUCAGCAAAGAUUGCUCUGAUUGGAGAGUUUGCCAAGAAGCCCGUUGUGACUGGUGGUGGUAGCGCUUCUUGCAAUCCUCAGUAUCUGCUGUCUCCACAUGAUACCUUGAAGCAGGCGCUCAGCGGAAAGGCAGAGAUUGAAUACGCAGCCGGAGUCAGAACACGACGCAUCAUCCCCAUGGCUCCCAAGGAGAUUUUACUAGCAGCAAACGGCAGGCCUGGUGUGGAUGUCAAGUACUUCAACGAUGGAACAGAGGGGCCAGUGUUCACUGAGCAGCUGGAUAAGGCUGCUGUGUGGAUGUUGGGUGAUGGUUACAGACCUGGCUUGGCCAUUGUGGGAUCUCAUCUGGAAAUGACGACAAAGAUGACUCCACCAAGCACAGGAAAGCACACCUUGGCUGUUCGUGCAACUGGAGACUUUUCGCUCACAGUAAACGGCCAAGAGGUCUUGACCGGUAAGCAGCCAGAUGUGACAACCGAGCAGACAAUCUUCAACCAUACUCUACUGGAGUUCCGCACCGAAGUUGAGCUCACCGGCGGCGAGCCUUGCGACAUCAAGCUUCACAUGAGGUCACGCGACAAGAUGACUGUCAACGAGCCUACUCCUUAUGCCGCCACCCUUUGUUUCGAGGAGUACUACUCGGAAUCCGAUGCCAUUGCAGAGGCAGCCGAACUCGCCAAGAACUCUGAUACUAGCAUCAUUUUUGCCGGACGAGAUGGACAAUAUGAGUCGGAAGGAUUUGACCUUCAGUCUAUCAAGAUGCCCGAGAACCAGACUGCUUUAAUCAAGGCAGUUGCUGCCGCGUCAAAGAAGACCGUCCUGGUGCUGCAAUCGGGCAACCCCAUUGACGUCAGUGACUUUGAAGGCGACGUCGAUGCAAUCCUCGCCGCUCAUUUCUAUGGUCAGGAAGGACCUAAUGCUAUUGCCGAUAUCCUGGCUGGAAACGUCAACCCUAGUGGACGUCUGGCAACCACAUGGUUCAAGUCGAUUGAGGACGCGCCCAGUUUUGGCAGCUUCCCUGCCAGGAAGGAGGCCGACGGAAGUGUCACGCUCAAGUACACGGAGGGUCUGCAAAUGGGCUACCGACACCCUGACGCCAGCCGCGUCAGAUAUCCCUUUGGACAUGGAUUAUCAUACACGACUUUCCAAUACGAAGCCUUGGAUGCCCGCGCGCAACAAGAUGGCUCAGCUGAGCCGAAGUUGAUUUGCAGCGUCAAGGUCAGCAAUACCGGAAGCGUAGCUGGUCGCGAGGUGGUUCAGCUCUACGUUACACCAGCGUCAACAAGCUCGGUGUGGCGGCCACAGAAGGAGCUGAAGGGCUUCAAGAAGAUACUUCUUCAACCCGGAGAGUCUAAACAGGUUGAUUUCGAGGUGGAUCUCAAGGUGGCAUGCAGCUAUUGGGACGAGGAGAAGAGGUCAUGGUCGCUCGAUAGUGGAGAGUAUGGUGUUCUCGUAGGCAGUCUGGGCUCCAAUUUCACGGUGGCCAAGUCAGAGGUCUGGAAUCACUUGUAG